AAGGGGUGGCAGCUUCAGAGUCUGGGACACAUCUGGGGUACAUCUUGGGGACAUCUCCGGGGCACCCUUGGGGCACUGCAGGGACAGCCUGGCUGCAGUGACACUCUGCUCUUUGCAGGGACCUUUGUAAAGUCAGCAGGUAAGAGCGGCGGGGCCAUCCAUCCCCUGGUGGGGACAGGGGACAGGACCUAGUUCCCUGACACAGCCGUGUGAGAUGCUGGUGGCCGUGGCCACACGAGGCCAAUCCUGGGGUGUCCCACCAGCCCUGCCUGACCUGCCACGCAUAGUGACACUGAGUGAGGAUGCUGCACCGGGCGCCCGCGUGGCCGAGGUGGCCGUGUCCUGCAGCAAUGCCAGCAGCAGCCCCCAAGUCACGCUGCAGCACGUCGAGUCCGCUGUCCCCGUGGGCUCCAACGUCACCCAACGCAACACCGAUCCCAGUCACCCCUUCAACCCCAUUGCGAUCAGCGCCGAUGGUGUGCCUGCUUCCACAUUUAGGGCAGAGGUACGGCUGGGGGGCAGGGAGAGGGGCUGGAGAGUGUGGCACCCCGCUGAGCACCAUGUCCCCAUACAGGUGACACUGCGUGCCGGCGCAGAGCUCGAUGCCCACCAGGUGAACUGGUACGCACUGGCACUGCGUGCUGCCUGUCCCGGCGAGCAGGAGGUGACAGGGCAGCUGUAUGUGCGGGUGACAUCGGGACAGGCGCUGCGCUGUGGUUUCCCAUUUGCCAGCACUGAUGGGGACGUGGUGCGGGUGUCGGCAGACGUGGCACCCCGUGCACCCCUGUAUGUGGUGCAGGCACAGCCACCGGGUGGGCUGAUGUUCCAGCUCAGAAAUAGUAGCACACCACUCACGCUGACCCAUCAGGGCUUGGUGCUGGCACCUGAUGGUGGCUUCAGCCCCAGCAAGGACACCCAGACAUUCAGGCUGGAGAUAGAGGUGAUGGACCGGCAUGGACAGAACUGCAGUGGGGCCGUGACAGUGGAAGUGCUGCCAUCGCGCCAUCCCCGUGUCACCAUCCUUGCUCCGCAGCGGGACGUGGUGGUGCCAGAGGGCAUCGGCCCCCUGGAAGUGGUCACACAGGUCCGUGCCAGUGGGGCCAACAUCUGCUACGCCAUCCUCGCUCCCACAUCACCAGCGCUCUUCACCAUCGAUGAAAGUGAGCAUGGUGGCAGGGUCCCCAUGGCUGCCCUAUCCCCAUCCCUGUGCUUGGCUCAAGGCUGGCCACCUCCUGCAGUGACGGGUGAGAUCCGCAGCACACGUCGGCUGGAGGUGGCCGGUGCACAUCUCCUCAUCCAGGCAUACAACGCGCUGCAGCCCUCUGACCAGGACACCAUCAUGCUCAACAUCACCGUGCAGGGGACAGACCAGCGGGCACCAUCCUGUGUGCCAGCCCUCUAUGUGUCUCAGGUGCGUGAGACCAUGUCCCCUGGCAGCACGCUGGUGACACUGAGGUGCGCUGACCCUGGUGGCAGUGACGGGUCCCUGCAUUACACGCUGGAGGGGCCACCAGGCUCUCGUUCCUACUUCCACAUGGAGGGGCCACAGCUGAAGAUCAACACCACUCUGGACUAUGACACCGAGGCAAUGGCUGCUGUGGGCUUCCAGCUGACAGCCACCAUCAUGGUGACAGCUGGGGGACAACCUCUGAGGAGCACCCGCGUACCCGUGCUCGUGACGGUGAUACCUGUCAAUGAAUUCACACCGGAGUGCCCCAAUGGCAUCAUCUUCACCGUGUCAGAGACAGCACCUUUUGGCAGCAUCGUGGGGCGUGUGGUUGGCACUGACCGUGACCGCCCACCAGACAGCCUCGAGUACAGCCUGGAGGGGGGCACUGGCCCUGCACAGCCCUUCUCCAUCGAUGCACGCACCGGUGAGAUCCGUGUGGUGGGGCCCCUCAGCCCCCCGCGGCGUGCUGGCUACCGGCUGACGGUGCGGCUGACGGACACCCACAAUGAUCUGGACCCAUUGAACCGGCGGAGCCGCCUGUGUGAUGUGGCCGUGCGCCUGCAGGUGAGAGCGUGAUGCCGGGGUUCCACCAGUGCAGGCGCUGUGCUGCGUCCCUGCGGCUGCCCCAGGGGUGGCUCUGGGCUGGAGGUACCCACAG